AUGACUACUACUAUGACUUCAGUAUCAGAAGAAGAAAUUUUAACGUCAUACCCACAAAUUUGUGCACCAACUGAUCAAACUGGUUAUACAUCAAAUUUAACUGAAGAACAAAAACAAUUAGUAUUACAAUUUAGAGAAGAAUUAAAACAGUUGGGAUAUAUUCAUAGAUUAGAUGAUGCAAAUUUAUUAAGAUUUUUAAGAGCUAGAAAAUUUAAUUUACAAUUAUCAAAAGAUAUGUUUAUUGCUUGUGAAGAAUGGAGAAAAGAUUUUGGUACAAAUACAAUAUUACAAGAUUUUAAAUAUGAAGAAAAACCAAUAGUUGCAAGAAUGUAUCCUACUUAUUAUCAUAAAACUGAUAAAGAUGGUAGACCAUGCUAUUACGAAGAAUUAGGUAAAGUUGAUUUACAUAAAAUGCUUAAAAUUACAACUCAAGAAAGAAUGUUGAAAAAUUUAGUUUGGGAAUAUGAAGCAAUGUGUCAUUAUAGAUUACCUGCAUGUUCAAGAAAAGCUGGUUGUUUAAUUGAAACUUCAUGUACUGUAUUAGAUUUAAAAGGUAUAUCACUUACAUCUGCUUAUAAUGUAAUUGGUUACGUUAGAGAAGCUUCAAAAAUUGGUCAAGAUUAUUAUCCUGAAAGAAUGGGUAAAUUUUAUUUAAUUAAUUCUCCAUUUGGUUUUAGUACUGCUUUUAGAUUAUUUAAACCAUUUUUAGAUCCAGUUACUGUUUCAAAAAUUCAUAUUUUAGGAUACAGCUAUCAAAAAGAAUUGUUGAAACAAAUUCCAAUUGAAAAUUUACCAGUUAAAUUUGGUGGUAAAUCAGAAGCAACAGAUGAUGAAUUAUUAUUAAAAGAUAUUGGUCCAUGGAGAGAAGAACAAUAUAUUGGUCCAGAAAAUCAAUGCCCAAGACCAUUUGAAUUGUAA